GCUGCACUCCUUGAAAAACGCUUUAAUUGAAUUAAAAAUCUUACGAAAAUGUCUGGAACGUCCAAUCAAUGGGAAGUCGUGUCUAAAUCGCGCAAACAAAAGAAUUUAGAGAAGAAAGUUACCGCUCACACUGAGCAAAAACGAAUUGCCGCCCAGCUUCCGAAGCUGGAAGAACUUUUGCCAACGCAGCAGUAUCGCAAUUUAUUUGCCAAUAACAAUAUAAACAACAGCAACACAAAUAACAAAUCUGAUUCACCAGCUAAAUCCACGUCGAGCGCUGCAUCGGCUUCCUCCAAAAGCAAAUCGCCACGCAAAACAAAUGCAACUGCGGCGAAAUCAAGUGCAACCGAUGUGGCAAAAAAGCCGCCGAAACAGGCGGCAAAGGCGAGAACCUUAGAGCAGGCAAUGAAGCAAAUAACGCCUGACGAUUUCGCCGCACAGUUGGAACAGGUGAAAAUCAGCUGUCCGGGCUCGCAGCUGCGUUGGCUGAGCAAUAUUUCCAGCUAUUUGAAUAGCCGUCUCGCAUUUGAUUGUGAUCCCACGUUUUCCGGCCGCAGUGCCCAAUAUCCUAGCAACUUAGCCAGCGCUGCCUUAAAGCAAUCCAUUCUGGAUUUUCUACGCAGUGUGGGCGAAACGAAUCUGGAGUAUUUCUUCUACUCGCUGCUGGAUAGCAUGGCCACAGAACUGAACAGUGGGCAGAAUGUCGCUGGCUAUAAGUUCGUGUUGCAAUUAAUCGGACAGAAUUGGCCAGCCAUUUGCUCGCAUAAUAUGGCCAAGACGGCGCUACUGCGUAACUCUUACCAGAAUCGAAGCAAUAUCUGUUUGAGCAUCCUCUGGGCUAUCGGCCAAGGGGGUCAUCAGAAUCUGACAGAGGGCGUUAAGGUGUGGCAGAAUCUGAUGCUGCCCAAUCUGGAGCUGAAGAGCUUGUCUAAAUUUGUCGUGGAGCAUAUUGAGCGUGUUCUCAAUGCAGCUGCAGCUCGCAAAGGUGAAACGUUGCUUAUUAAUCAACAGGAGUUUUUCGACUGCUACAAUGCACUGAAUGGGAAUUACAACAACUUUAGCAAGGAGCAACAGGCGAGUCUCAAACGAACCGCCAAACAACUGUUGCAACUGUACAUUGCCAGCCCUGUGAAGCAGGCAAAUAUUUUCCUCACACUCUUACGCCUGAUUAAUUCAAGUAAUCAACGCAUAGAGAUCGAGGGCUGCAUUAGCUGUCUGCUGAGCAGUGGAGCGGAUGAUUGUUUCAAAGUGUGGCGCAUGAACUACAAAAAACAACAAAUUCCCAGUUGUAUACUAUUGAUGGCUAUAGUUAACGAUUGGGAAGGCCCCGCCAAGGCUCUGGCACAGUCGCCCGCGUUCCUUUCUUUUCUGCAGAGUGUCAAACAUUUAAAUAUUGAGUUGCAAUCAAACAAACGCAAAGAUAUAUGCGUUGAUGAUUUAGAAGCAAUUUUAAAGACCGUUCAGGAGAAGACCAGUGCACAACAGAAAAAGAACAAACAGAACGCUGCGUCGCAGAAAAAGAAAUGCGGCUGCUGUAAAUGGACGCUGGGCAGCAUCUUUAUCAUUGCCCUAAUAGCGGGUGCCCUCUGCUACGAUACGGAGGUGAAUGGCAAAGGUGUCUUUGAGAACUCUGCCACCGGCAAGGUGCUGAAGAAUGCCGGCGUUCUGCCACAAGUGCAGCGCGGCUGGUAUGUGACAAUGGGAGCCGGCGCACGCGGCUACAAAUGGGCCGAACAGCAUAUUCCGCCGUAUGCCCAGCCGGCGAUCAAGACGGGCAUUGAUGUGUGGAAGAUCGCACGGAAUGCCUGCUGCAGUGCCUAUACGAAUGGCCUCAACUACUGGCGCUCCCAGUGGCCGGCGGUGGCCAAGUUUAUUGAUCAAUAUCUGCCCAAUUUCUCGCAUAAAUUGGAGGCCUUCGCCGCGGGCGCCAAGGAUCUGGCCGUCAACAGCUACGACAAAUCUGCCACCCUAAUCAAGGAGAAGGUGCUGGUUGGUCGCUUCUCACCGGAGAACAUUAAUCAGGCGUUGAACCAGACUCGAAAUGCGGCGCUCGAGUAUUACAAUCAGUUCCACAAAAAGGUCGAUGCAUAUGCCAAGCUCAAAUGAUUCUAAGCGUCUGGAACGCUUAGCAAUACACUGCAACAACAACAGCAACAGCAAAAACAACAACAACAACAACAACAACAACAGCAGCAGCAUGCACAACAACACAUCAUAGUCAAGAAAACAAGCAAAAGAAAAAACAAAAAACAAAAACAAUUUAUAGUAAAAGCCACUUUAAUGCAAACACCUUUCGGUAUA